ACCAUAAUAGAAUUGUUUAAUUCACAUUUUUUUCCCCUUCACUUUGCUUUCUCCUACACGUUCACAAACCCUAGCACUAGUUUAGCCGAUCGCCGUGCAGUUUCCCGGUUCACCUCGCCGGAGCAGUGCAGCCGUUUGCCAGUGUUCUACUCUAAAUCAUCUAUGGACUCCCAUGAAAAUGGGCGCAGUCAGCUCACGCCUAGUCGUACUGGUGGUGAGAACGAAAUAGCCGGUGUGGAUAAUGGAGAAGAAGAAGAACAUAAUUUGAGGAGGAGAAGAUCAAGCUCUAAGCACAGCUCCCGUGAUUAUGAAAAUGAAAGGGAGUCGUCAAGAAGCAGGGACAGGGAGAGGGACAAAGGACGUGAUAAGGAUAGAGAUAGGAGCAGAGACAAGGAAAGGGAUCGUGAUCGCGAAAAAGAUCGUGAUCGUCGCCACAGAGAUCGAAGUGAGAGGCGUAGGACUAGAGAUAGAGAUGAUGCUGCUACCAUUUCUGAUGAUGGUCCUGAGGGCCGGGAAUACUGGCAGAAAGAUUAUGAUAGAGAUAGAGAUAGAGAUAGAGAUAGAGAUGAGAGGCAUAGACAUAGGUCAAAAUCUUAUGAGAGAGAGCGAGAGGAAGGUCAUAGACACAGGUCCAAAUCGUAUGACAAGGAUGGAGAGGAAAGAGAUAGACACAGGUCAAAAUCCUAUGACAAAGAUAGAGAGGAGAGGCGUGGACACAGAUCUCACUCGAGGGGAAAAUCUGGUCAUAGAUCAAGAUCACGUUCUCGCUCUCGCUCUCGUUCACGCUCCAAAAGCAAAAGGAUCAGCGGGUUUGACAUGGCACCUCCUACUUCUGCUCUGUUACCCGGUGCUCCUGCUGUUACAGAUGCUCCUGCAGGUCAACUUCCUGCCACUGCCCCAGCUAUUCCAGGAAUCUUUCCUAACAUGUUCCCUUUGGCAUCUGCACAGCUUGGAGCUAUUCCUGUUAUGCCAGUCCAGGCAAUGACUCAGCAGGCAACUAGACAUGCAAGGCGAGUUUAUGUGGGUGGACUUCCUCCGAGUGCAAAUGAACAGUCAGUGGCGACCUACUUUAAUCAUGUUAUGUCGGCAAUUGGUGGAAACACUGCUGGUCCAGGAGAUGCUGUUGUUAAUGUUUAUAUAAACCAUGAGAAAAAGUUUGCUUUCGUUGAGAUGAGAUCCGUGGAGGAGGCCAGCAAUGCCAUGGCCUUAGAUGGCAUUAUCUUUGAGGGAACUCAAGUAAAAGUUAGAAGACCAACUGAUUAUAACCCCUCCCUGGCUGCAACACUUGGUCCGAGCCAACCGAAUCCAAACCUUAACCUUGCUGCAGUGGGAUUAUCACCAGGAUCCACUGGUGGGCUUGAAGGUCCUGACCGUAUUUUUGUGGGAGGCCUGCCAUACUAUUUCACUGAAGCUCAGAUUAGGGAGUUGCUUGAGUCCUUUGGCCCUCUUCGGGGGUUUAAUCUGGUCAAAGAUAAAGAAACUGGAAACUCGAAAGGCUAUGCCUUUUGUGUUUACUCUGACGUGUCGGUUACAGAUAUUGCAUGUGCAGCUCUUAAUGGGAUUAAGAUGGGUGAUAAAACUCUUACUGUCAGACGUGCAAGUCAAGGUACUUUACAGCCUAAGCCAGAGCAGGAGAGUAUAUUAAUGCAUGCUCAGCAACAAAUAGCACUGCAGAGACUCAUGCUACAACCUGGUGGACCUCCUACUAAAGUCUUAUGCCUAACAAAUGUGGUUAGCGCGGAUGAGCUCAAAGAUGAUGAAGACUAUGAAGAUAUAGUGGAAGAUAUGAGAACUGAAUGCGGGAAAUUUGGUAAUUUAGUGAAUUUAGUCAUCCCACGCCCAAGGCCUGAUGGUGAACCGACACCAGGGGUUGGAAAGGUCUUUUUGGAGUACACGGAUGUGGAGGGUUCCUCGAGAGCUCAACAAGGAUUGAAUGGCAGAAAAUUCGGUGGAAACCCAGUUGUUGCUGUCUUUUAUUCGGAGAACAAGUUCUCUGAGGGGGAUUACGAGGGCUAGGUAUCUGCUCUGGACUGUCUUGAGCGCAGACAGCCAAAACGAUGUAGUAAAUAGCUAUCGUCCUCCCUUGGAAUUCUUUAGACUUGGAAUUCUUUAGUUGUACUCUAGUUUCCUUUCUUUAACGGAAAUGUUUGUUUGGUCUGAAGAUUCCAUGUGACCAACUAUAAGCCCAGCUGCUGCUUUUAUUCCCAGCUACUGUAGAGCUAGUAGGACUGUAUGCCUAGUCAAGAGGCGCGCUUGGCGUAUGCGUGGCGUGAUUUUGUAGUAUGUGUAUUAUUACUUUAACAUAAAUUUAACCAUCUUAGUUUUCUUUGGACUAAUAAAUCAUUGGAUUCAUCGCAUGUGUA